GUGGUCGCCCCGCCCACCGGCCUCUACAUCACCACCCCUCUCGCCGCUUUCAAGCGCGGCGAUUGGCUAUAAGCAAGAAAGGGGCACGCCUCUAGUCUUAUGACUCGCUCUGAAGCGCCGAUUCCGGGCUCUUGCAGCGUUGUGGUCGGUGGUCACUGUACGCUUUCCCCGGCUCCGGCGAGCCUUUACCCUGGUGUUGCUGCUCUUGUCGCCACUGCAGCCGCCGACGCCGCCUGCUCCGCGGGAUCAUGGUGUGCUUCCGCCUCUCCCCGGUUCCGAGCUCCGGGCUCAUUCUGUUUUGUCUCGUCCUGGGAGCUGUCCAGUCCUAUGCAUUGGAACUUAAUUUAACAGAUUCAGGAAAAGCCACUUGCCUUUAUGCAAAAUGGCAGAUGAAUUUCACAAUAUAUUAUGCAACUACAAGCAACACUACUGAAUCUGUAACCAUUUCAGACCUUGGCACUGUGACAUAUAAUGGAAGCACUUGUGGGGAUGAUGAGAAUGGUCCCAGAAUAGCAGUGCAGUUUAGAUCUGGUUUUUCCUGGACUGCAAAUUUUACCAAGGCUGCAUCUACUUAUUCAAUUGACAGCAUCUCAUUUUCCUACAACACUAGUGAUAACACAACAUUUCCUGAUGCUAAAGAUAAAGGAGUUGUUACUUUUCAUGACCGUGUGGCAGUCAGGAUUCCAUUGAAUGAAAUCUUUAGAUGCAAUAGUUUGUCAACUUUAGAAGAUCAUGAUGUUGUCCAAAACUAUUGGAAUGUUCUUGUACAAGCUUUUGUCCCAAAUGGCACAGUGAGCACAAAAGAGUAUCUGUGCGAUAAAGAUAACACUUCCACAACAGUGUCACCCAUCAUUCACACCACUGUGCCAUCUCCUACUACAAUACCCACUCCAAAGGAAAAACCAGAGAUUGGAAACUAUUCAGUUAGUAAUGGCAAUGGUACUUGUCUGCUGGCUACCAUGGGGCUGCAGCUGAACAUCACUCAGGAUAAGGUUUCCUCAGUUAUUAACAUCAACCCUAGUACAACUGACUUCACAGGCAGCUGCCAUUCUCAAACUGCUCUACUUAGGCUGAAUAGCAGCACCAUUAAGCAUCUUGACUUUGUCUUUGCCAUGAAAAAUGAAAACCGAUUCUAUCUGAAAGGAGUGGAUAUCAGCAUGUAUUUGGCUAAUGGCUCUGUUUUCAGCAUUGCAAAUAACAAUCUUAGCUACUGGGAUGCCCCCCUGGGAAGUUCUUAUAUGUGCAACAAAGAGCAGACUGUUUCAGUGUCUGGAGCAUUUCAGAUAAAUACCUUUGAUCUAAGGGUUCAGCCUUUCAAUGUGAAGGAAGGAAAGUAUUCUACAGCUGAAGAAUGUUCUGCUGACUCUGACCUCAACUUUCUUAUUCCUGUUGCAGUGGGUGUGGCCUUGGGCUUCCUUAUAAUUGUUGUCUUUAUCUCUUAUAUGAUUGGAAGAAGGAAAAGUCGUACUGGUUAUCAGUCUGUGUAAUCAAUUAAAUCUAGUGCUUUUUUUUGCAACCAGAAGUUAUAUUUCCAUUGGCUAAAGGCCAAUAAAUGCUGUGCAAUAGAUUGUUUAAGAUAUACAGACUAACCUCAGUGAGUUGCUAGCUAACUUGGGCAUGAGUAGCACUUACCUAAGAAAAAAUGUAUUAGGACCAAUCUAUCUUUUUUCUAUUUUCUUUUUUUCCCCUUUGUUAAAGUGUAAUUGAAAGAAAAAAUGUGGCUUAGAAUUUUGUAAGGAAAUAAUGAUUUUAAGCCUCUGGGUCCAAUUAUGAAAGCAUUUCUACUGAAGCAUAAUUUUAUAUGUUGUAGUUACUUGUAUUUUACUAAUUUGAUGUUAUUCACAAAAUCAAAGUUGUUAGAGAAUUUAACUUGCUCCAGGAAAUAAAUUUAAGAAUGUAAUUAAUUCAUUUUCAUUGGUGGCAAAGAUAAAAUUUGUUUCAUAAUAAGUCUUCCUUUCUCCACUUCCUAAUCAGCAAUGUUUACAUCUGUGUUUUUAAAAGAAAGAAAAGGCUUCACAUGUUGUAUUUAAUAGCAAAAGUCUGGCUGUUUUCUCCAUUUCUUUUAGUGGCUAUAUAUUUUAACAAGGAUGUCUUUUAUUUUUUUGCUUUCUGGGAUUUGGACUAUAUUGAUUAUCUAAUGCUUGACAUUUAUGCUGAAGGAUGAAGUAAGACCUUUGGCUUUUUUUAAGGUGUUGAUUUAGAACGGGUUAUGGUUUUUUUAAGGUUAGCAUUUAGAAUUUUUUUUCCCCUCAGAGCCUUAACUUGUUCAGAAAGUUAUUUCAUCCUGCAUUAGAGAAACACACAAUUUCUAUACACUUUGUGUGCUUUCUAUAUUUCCCCAUUCCAUGUAUGAAUAAGUUCUACUUGAUAUUUUUAAUGUAUUGAUUUCUUUUUCUCACUGCAGCAAGUGCUAACUCUAGAGGCUAGUGGGUCCUGAUGUGUCAUCAGUCAGAUGGCUGCCUAGCCAAAGCUGAACUGAGAUUGUUGUACAAAUUUGUUGAUCUUGAUAUAGACUUAUAUUCCUGUAGGGACCUCUAAUGGCUCUGGUUUCUGGAGUAAGGUACUAGAGACUACUCAUCUCUGUGUCUGCUUGAUUGGUUCAGUUGUUGAAUUGCCUGCCCUUUUAUUUGGAAGCAUAGUUGUUGUUGUGUAGGACCCAAAUGGUUGUUUUGCACACCUAUCAUUAGCAUAAGGCAGAUGUUUAUUUUAUUAAGCUAUUUUAUCUCUACAUUUAACUAAAGAAAAAUUUCCCAAAGAUCUGCCUUCACUUCAGUAAUUUUCCUUGGAUUAAAAGAAUCAAGCCUGAACCUUAAAGUUAGUUCGUUAUUAAAUCUAAGGAUUCAGUCCCAAUCUACCUCUCAGCACAGUGCAGAUGUUUACCACUGUAUUGCUGCCAUUUACUGAUACCAGAACUCUUUGCCAAUAACUGCAAUUACAAAAGUUUGUUAAAAAGAAAAAAAUUAGUAUCUUUCUUUACUGUCUUCUCUAUAUGUACAUCUUGAAAGCAUAUAUUCCAGACCGAAGUAGAAAGAGUGCUCAGUUACAACUCUUUUAGAAUUCUAUAGCUCUAACUUGCAGAUUCAAGCUCUCCUCUAUUUGCUAAGUAUUUAAAGAAUGUUUUCUUUUAAAAUGUUCUUCUAUGAGAUACAACUGCUUAUUUAUUAUUUGGUAAAAGGCAUUUGGCCAAAAUGAUGGCACCAUAAAGAACAGUGGCUUCAUUUCAAUACAUAUUUUUGAGAUGAUUAUCUAGAAGCCAGAUUAGUUAAAUCAGCUUGUGACCUUGCUAAGUAUAUAAAUUGGAAAUUCAAAAUUAUGGGUCCAUUUAAAAGUUUUCUAUUUCUUGGGCAGGAGACUAAUAUCACAAAUUCCUCUGUCUUAGAUAAUUAGCAAAUUUGUGUUUAAUUCUCUGAGAAUUAAAAUACAAAAUAUUAACAGAGGGUUAAAAGCUGCUUCAACUCCAGUAAAAUACAGGAAGCUCAAAAUCUAUGAACUGAGUGUUCAAUUAGCUUUGCUUACUGGGUUCAUUUUUAUGUCAAUACAACAGUGGAUCAGACAGUAGGACUUUGAACUCAUGAAUAUAAGGAUUCAUUUUUCACUUAAGCUGCUUUGAAAGAACUGAUGCUUGCUGCUACCUAAUGUUUUGGAUAUAUAAAUUUAGAGAACUAAUUAAUACUUGGAAAAUAAAACAUACUGUGGUACUACUGUUUGAUCUGAUAUGUGUGAUUUUAGAUUGAUGGAUUUAAAAAUAAUAAAGAUCAUACAUUUCAUGCCA